AUGAGCCAGCUCGACACACUUCCAAACCAGCCACCACCGGCCUACUCACGACACAGCUACGAUGACCGGCUGGGCCUGGAUCCCUUCGAUGGCCCAGCGCCGGGAAGUCUGCAGGCGACGGCGAACCUCCGCGCCCCGCUGCAAGGAGCCGGAGGUCUCGGCGCAAUUGGACUAGCAGACCAGCCGGGACAGGGACUGCCGACCCUCGAGAUGACGGACGAGAUAUGGGACCCGAAGGAGGCGUCGCGGCGCGAGAUGCAGCUGUACACGAGGCUGCAGCCGCAGGAGCUCGUCCGGCGACUCGAGGACGCAGGCGCCUCGUCCGAGGAGGCGCAAAAGGCAGCCAUGUACAUGCGCUCCGAGCGCGCAUGUCUCGACUACAUUGACGCGCUCCACGAGCGCAACCGUCUACGUGAAAUCAAGGCGAAACUCGAAAGCAAGAUCCGCUUCAUCCGGGACCAGGAGUAUGUGUGCUCGAACCGUGAAGCUAUUGAUGCCCUUCGGUGGUAUCCUGAUCCGAAGGAGGCGCUGCUGUACGUGCGGCACAAGCGGCAUACCAGGCUGGAUCCGGGCUGUGCGCAGUGUGUGCGAAUCUUUGAAGCGGAGAGGCAGGGAGAUCAGGCCGCCGCCGCGGCUUGGGAGAGGAGGGUUGCGCAGAUGGGCCCACUGGAGAGGGAGAGGUAUCUCAACACGCUGCGGCGGCCGAGCCAGCGGUGA